CCCAGGUGUGGACAGGUGAACUCAGCUGGAGCUCUUACCUCCUUGUGGACUUGUUUAUCGAGUUUGUUUCUGUGACUCGGGGUAAAAUGAAGAGUCCGGAGCAGGAGCUCAUGGGGGACAUCCUGAAGCGUCUGACCGGAGAGUCCGCGCUGCCCGUUUACUCAAACAUAGAGAAAUACAAACGAGGGAAGGACGGGAUGUACUUUAUGGCUGAGGACUUCAUCGAAACUGUGAAAAAACGAGAGAUGGUGAACGCCAAAGAACGACUGAGGAUCCGGAACCUGAACAGUAUGUUCUCCCGCCUGAAGAGGAUGGUCCCCCUCAUGCGCCCGGACAGAAAGCCCAGUAAAGUGGACACUCUGAAGGCCGCCACAGAGUACAUCCGCCUCCUGGUGUCUGUCCUGCAGGAGGCGGAUGGACACGUGUGUGAUGGAGCUGAUUAUGUGAAAAACGCCAUCAGCUACAGCCACAAUGAAGCGAUGAACCAGGACCUGUGGGGGGUGGAGGAGCUCCUGCUGCUGCCUGAGGAGGAGGUGCUGGAGGACGGGGACAUCAGACUGGUCCUGCAGCACUGCUCAUACCAGUCCAUCAUCCAAGUGUCCCAGGACCAGAGCAGCAUGUCCUCCCCCUGCUGAAACUGAGCAAAGUGUCACUGAAAAACUCCAGGCUCCUCUGUGCAGGUGCUGCCCCCUACUGGUCUGAAGCUUUUGUUCUAACUUCAUGAGACUUGAUAAAUGUCAGGAAAUUUGGUGAAUAAAAUUUAUGUCAAGAGAGAUUCUAGUCU